UGGAAUUCUUUGAGUGCUUUGAGAGGAGGUGUGGAGUGGAGCCCUCUGCGACUUGGUUGUAUCUAGUGAGCUGUGUGUGGUUGUAUCGAAUUUUACUGUACUGUGUAUAUGUGUAUGUAUCAGUGUGUGUAAGAGAGUGUGUGUUGACAGAUUGGCCUGUGUGUGAGUGCGUGUACGCUUUUGCCUGUGUGUUUGUCAGUAUAUGUAGGAGUGUGUGAGUUUACAGGUUUGUAUGUGUGUAUGUGUUUGUAUGUGUGUAUGUCUUCUUGUGCGUAUGUGUAUCCCUGUGUGUAUGUGUGUAUGUGUCUGACGUGUGUUUUUCGACGUUUGCUUGUGUGUAAGUAUGCGUGUUUUGUGUGAAUCUGGGUGUUUGUAAGAGUUUGUGUGAGUAUAAGUUCACUUCUGUGUAGUUCUGUGUGUGUGCCUGUGUGUGUGCCUGUGCCUGUGUGAGUGCCUGUGUGUGUGUGUGUGUGUGUGUGUGUGUCUGUGUGUGCAUGUGCCCAUCCCCUUUUGCCCCUUGUAUCUAUAUUACCUGCACCUCAGUGCAAGAGAGUGUAGAGGCCAGAAGUCACCCCGGCUGCUGUUCCUGAGGUAGCAUUAGUACUGAUAAAAUGCCUACAGAGACUGAGGAGGAGUUACCAACCCCUACACCCGAGCCCAGUAUCUCUGAGGAGGGCAACUUCCAUUCCCAAUACCAAGUAUUGGGGACAAUUGGGCAAGGGGGCAGCGCCAAAGUCCUCCUGGCCCACCACCGGCUCACAGGAACCCCGGUGGCUGUCAAAGUUCUGCGAAAGGACAAGCAGUGGUUCCAGCCAGCCAUGAUGGAAGCAAACAUAAUGAGAAAGAUCAACCACCCCAACAUAGUGUCUCUCAUACAAGUUAUUGAAAAGGAAACGAGAAUAUACCUCAUAAUGGAGCUGGUGGAAGGCCAAGAACUCUACCAGUACAUCAGAGAGUCAGGGCACAUAGAGGAGGAUGAGGCCCGGCAAAUAUUUGAACAGAUAUUGUCAGCAGUGAGCUACUGCCAUGAAAAGGGGAUUGUUCACCGAGACCUCAAACUGGACAAUAUAAUGAUUGAUAAAAACAAAAAGGUCAAAGUCAUCGACUUUGGGCUUAGCACCCAAUUUCAACCUGGAAAAAUGCUAAACUACCACUGCGGCACGUACUCUUUUGGUUCCCCUGAACUCCUCCUUGGCCAUCGGUAUGACGGGCCGAAGAAUGAUAUGUGGAUUAUAGGAGUGGUCUUGUACUGUAUGGUAGUGGGAAAGCUCCCAUUUGAUUCAGUGAUCAUCCAAGAAUUGCAAAGACAAGUAGUGGCAGGGGUAUAUCCUGCUCCCUGUGGGGUUUCAAAAGAACUGGAGGACCUCCUUAGUAAAUUACUGAGGGUAAAUCCCAACUUUAGACCAACAGCAAGAAAGGCGAUGAAACACCCUUGGUUCAAAGAACACUGGAACAGAUUGAUAGGUCCCUAUGAAGAAAUGCUUCCCCUCACACCAGACCCGGCCAUUUUGGAUGCCAUGAAAAGCAUUGGAUUCCAAGCCUCUGUAGUAAAACACUCUUUAAAACAAAGAAAAUAUAAUGAGGAAAUGGCAACUUAUUUCUUUCUACAAAAGCAAGCUCUCCAGGGGGAUGGCUGCACAGCCCAGGCACAGCAAGUGAGUCACGUUGUAGCCCCAUUUCCUAGCCUUGAUCCUGCUGCUGCUUUUAGAUUAGAACCAAAGAGGAGUGGAAGCCUGCCAGUCCUUGGCACCUUGCGGGUGUCAUCCUCCCAUGGUCACGUAUCUCACUAUGGCCAGAAUGCUCAUCCAAAAGGAGGCAAAAGAUCCACUGUGGCUGGUCGUCUCAGGCCUCUACCGAUGACACCUACACAGGACCACUAUCACAAAUGUGCCGUGAGUGUCCCAUGCAUUCAAACAACAAGCAUCUUCACUGAGAAGAGUAGCAAUAAGGAAAUCAAAGAAGACAACCCACUCUCCCACAGAGCCCCAUUAGAGGAUAAGCCCAUCCCCAGCAGGGUCCGGCACAGAGGUUUUAAGGGGUGGACCAGGAAUAUAGCAAAUGCCCUGAUAAAGCUGUGUUGCUGCAUGCCAAGGAGAAAGAAACCUCGCCUGAGGCAGAACAGAAUCUCCCCCCAGAAAUGAGCCACAGGGAGAGUCCAGAGAACAAGCAGCAGGCAUAGCCCAGGUACCUUUGUGCUUUGUCCUUUUCAGUUUGCUCUAUGCUGGUCCUUCCUCUGUCUCUGGUUUCCAUUUUCCCCACAAUUCUUACCUUGUAUCUGCUCUAACUUCUUUAUGAGGUUUCCCCAACACCAAGCCUUCUCCCUCUUCUUGAUUUCUCCUCUUCCCAGCAGGGACCCAAUAGGAUUGAUGAGUUCCACACUCUACAGAGUUUUCUAGUUGGCCCAUCCCUUCAGAUGGACUCCAGCUCCCCCUUAGGCCAAUAGCUCCCACAGGGUGAGGACAAGAGGUUCAUGGGCUCAUGGCCUCCUCCAGGGGCUACUGAUCUUUUCACAUGUGGUCAUCAAUCACAAGUGCUGCAGAACAGAGUCUUAUGUUUUCAAAUGUAACAUCCCAUUCCAUUAAGCCUCAAAACUAAUUAACAAGGUUUGUCAUUGAAUAAGUAUCAACAACCUAGUUUGUGGGUUAUAGUUGAUGGUCAGAAUCCUGCAUGCAUGCAUAUUGUUUUGCAUACUGGUUUUUUUUUGUUCCUAAGACCUAGUGAUCUAUUGAAUUUUAUAGGUAGUAGUUCUAAAUGUUUUCUUUCAAAGACCUCAACUGAGAAGUAGAAAAAAGAAGUUAUAAUAUAGUAAGGCAAAUCAAAGCCCCAAAUGGUAAGCUAAGAAUUCUACCUCACUGUCUUUUUUGCUUGGAAUAAAUUGUCUUGUCUAUUUCACAGUGUCAUCUGAAAAUUCUUUCAUGUCCUCAGUAUAAACAGUAGGUGAUUUCAGACACAUGGCAAUGGAAAAGACACCAGCAGAAACUACAGCAGCAACAGGAGUAGCAACAAUAGCAGAAGCAGCAUUAGGCACAGCAGCAGCAGGAGGAGGAGAGCGAGGAGGGUAGGAGGAGGAGGAGGAAGAGGAAGAUAAAGAGAGGAGGAGAAAGAAGAGGAGGAGGAGGAAGAGAAGGAAGAGGAGGAGAAAGAGGAGGAUGAACAGCAGGGGGAAGAUUUUGAUUCCCUGUCCCCGUGAGAAUUGCUGAUGACUACUUCUGGACACAGAUAUCAUGCUGAGAACUGUUUAUCAAAAUGAUUUAACAGAAUAUUAAUGUUCAUAGAAGACAUGUCAAUGUUCCUGAGGGCAAGCAGCCCUGGAAAAGAGAGCCAGAUGGCAGAGGCAAGCAGUGUGGAAUGUUCUUACUGAGGAAGACCUUCUCAAAGCUGAUGAUGUAAUAGGUAUGAAGGAGCAUUUCAUGGGAGUCACGGUCCCAUGCCCCUGUGUCAGGGCACACAGAGCUCCUAGCCUUGCAUCCUGCUUGAGAGGGGACCUGGAAUAUUCCCUGAUCCCCACAGGGUCCUGGAUUGCAUGGUUCCCCCUCAGUUAUGGUCCUCCCUGUGCCUCAUGGGGUACGCAGCUUCUACGGGCUGAAUUUAUAUCAGUGAUUAACUGGAGCUGGACCACAACCACACCACAGGCAAGCCCUGGGCACUGAGGACAUUAAGAGCAACAGACAACAUCUCCUCCACUGCUUCUGACUCUGCUCCACAAGGCAAGGCAGCUCCCACACAGCAGGCAUCCAGCCUAACUCCCAGCAGGGAGAGUGUGAGAUGUCUGUGGAUGAGCCCACAGGGACUACAGGAUUCUGUGGGAAGACAUCUGGUAGCUUCUGGAGCAGCUGCAGCAGCCAGGACACAUGAACUACAGUGGGGGUGAGCUAUAGGACCAGGUAGCAAAGAGCCUGCUCUGGCCAAUGCUGAUCUGAAUCCCUGGGUGCAGGCUGGAAUAGUCACUCAGGGCUAUUAGAGUGAAGGCCAGCCAAGGGCAUACAAUGUGUCACUAACAUUCUUAAAGUCUUGUCCAGGAAAUAAACCACUGGCAUUGACCACUAAAGUUGAGUCCAGACUCAUGGGCUACAGGAUAGCAGAUUGAACUGAGUCUGAAUUCCCAUGAGUAUGACCUCUGGCUGCUCCCUAGGCUCAGUAUAGAUGAGCAUGAGAAGGCACCAUUGCUGUGUUUGCAGGAGUAGCAGAGAGCUCGGAAUACAUGACCCACUCCUAACCCAGACUGGAGCCACUCUAGGGAGGAGAUGGCAUCAUUUGAAGAUGGGCUUAUGCGGGACACUGUGCUCUGGUUUGUGGCACAUACAGCUCCUGUCUUUCUUGCUGACAGUUCAGAUCCUCAGCUGGCCUCAUCACGGACAGUCCCAUGAGGAGUGGGUGUUUGGUUCCUGCUUCCCAGUUAGGGCAGGAACAAGCCCAGACGCAGUGAGUAAGGACAGUGCUUCUGUCUUGACCCAGCUUCCUUGUCCUCCCCCCUCCCCCAACUCAUAUCAGGAGCCACCCAGAGACCUUCAUAGGAGUGUGGGUCAUGUUAAUCGGAAUGCACAGCUGGAGAUUAAAUUCUGGGUAAGGUCUCCAUACAGCCCUGGUGGCUCCCACACCCUGCCUACCUAAGUUUUCCCAAUUGGGUCCUCAGGGUCGUGGAGAAUCUUCUACAGGCUGCCGUGAAGAUACAGCCAGUUUCUUGGUAACAUUGUGUUUAGCAGAGGUUCUCUGCUUCAGGCACAGAGCCUUCCAGUGAGAGGGUUUGCUGAGUAGCACACCAGGACCAGAAAAGUGUAGAGCCCUCCAGUGGUAGACAUGAAGUACUGCAGGAGUUUAUUUCCUGAUUUCUUCACAUCUACCUUGUUCUAAAGGCUUUUUGUCAGACACAUAGGGACCUAAGAAACUUGAGUUUGCACCCCCAUAGGGAACCCAGGACACUAAACCAGCAGCCCUGUUAAACGGCGGCAGAGGACAGUCUGGGCUCUGUGUUUAU